UGUGUCUGUGUUGAUCUAUGGAUUUACACUUAUCUGGUAUGGAGGAACCUGGUCAUCAACAUGAGUUUUGAUACUGCUAAUGAUGCCAACUUCUGGAGUAACGGGUCCUCGGAGCUGUACGCAGAGACACCAGGACCGUUGUCUGCAAAUAAUUCCAACUUGACCACAGCGAAUUACACAGACACGAAUCRUCUGGACCUUACCAGAGCCGUGUCAGUUGGUAUGGUUCUGGGCGCUUUCAUUUUGUUCGCAAUCGUGGGCAACAUACUCGUAAUACUUUCCGUUGUGUGCAACAGACACCUGCGUAUCCCAACGAACUAUUUCAUUAUCAACCUAGCCAUUGCGGACCUGUUGCUGGGUACCACAGUGCUGCCCGUGUCCGCAACACUGGAGAUUCUCGACUACUGGGUAUUCGGAAGGAUCUUCUGUGACAUCUGGGCAGCAGUGGACGUGCUAUGUUGCACGGCCUCCAUCAUGAGCCUGUGCGUAAUAUCCAUAGACCGUUAUAUAGGCGUGCGCUACCCACUGCAGUACCCCUGUAUAGUAACGGAGAAAAGAGCCAUUUUGGCCAUGCUCGGUGUGUGGGUUCUCGCCACUGUCAUCUCCAUCGGACCUCUACUCGGGUGGAAACAACCACCCUCAAAUGAUGACACCGUUUGCCCCAUCACCGAAGAGCCCUUUUACGCACUCUUCUCCUCCCUGGGUUCAUUUUACAUACCUCUGGCUGUCAUCCUGUGCAUGUACUGCCAGGUGUAUGUAGUUGCCAAACGGACCACUAAGAACUUGGAGGCGGGGGUCAUGAAAGAACGCAUGGACUCGAAUGAACUCACACUCAGGAUCCACUGCAAAAACGCACAGCUGCAAGAAUACUGCGUCACGGGCAAAGGCCAGGCGCGGAGCACACUGACGGUGAAACUGCUCAAGUUCUCCCGGGAAAAGAAAGCUGCUAAAACUCUGGGUGUGGUGGUGGGCAUGUUUAUUCUCUGCUGGCUGCCAUUCUUCCUCGUGCUGCCCAUCGGGUCGUUUAACGCCGACCUGCGUCCCUCGGAGACGUUCUUCAAGGUGAUCUUCUGGCUGGGCUACUUCAACAGCUGCCUCAACCCCAUCAUCUACCCUUGCUACAGCCGAGAGUUCAAGCAGGCCUUCAUACGUAUCCUUAAGUGCCGCUGCCAUCAGAAGAAGAAGCAGAAGGGUUGGAGAGCCUACUACAACCAACGUUCCUCUCGCCUGGGCUCCACCAAUACCUCCUACCUGAACGGAAGUCAGCAAACCCUGUCCUCCAUCAACCCCAGCCCUCGCUGUGUCAGCAAAGGGACCGGCUCUCGCCUAGAGCCUGGGUUUGACCUCAACUCCCCAUCCCCCUGCACGUCUCUGCCUGGGAGCCCCUUCACUGGCCAGACGAGGGCCCUCCCUGGGCCUGUCUACCAGAGCGCCAGCAGAAACAACAGAGUCCACCUGGUCUCUCCCCUGGCCAGGGAGCCAGUUCAUGCCAAUGGACAGAGUAAGAAUGGAGAGGUGGAGCAUGGAUCAAUCAGGGCAAUACCUGACACAAUUAUGUAAUGACUGUGUGGGGCACCAGUCAUAAGCCUGGACAAUAUCGUUUGAUAGUCUGUACUAAUGCUGGCAUGAUACUUUUUUUUUUAGAGAGACUAUACAUUGGAUCUUUGUAAAUGUCUAAAUGCAAUAUGGACAGUAGCCUAACUACUGUAGCAGUAUGGAUUGAAGAUCAAAUCAAAUAUGUUACUUGUCACAUACACAUGGUUAGCAGAUGUUAAUGCGAGUGUAGCGGAAUGCUUGUCAUCACAAUGUACACAUCACAAUGUGUCCCUAAGUAUUUAUUACUAAGAACCUGGUUGCUUCUAGUUCCAUGUCCUCAAUAGGUCUUUUGGACAAUUUUAGACAGAACACUGAAGUCAUCUGCUACUGCACAAGACAUUUGGUAGAACAAUGUGUGCAGCUCUGGCACAUACCCUUGAAAGACUCCAUGAAAAAGGGACCAACUGUGCCCACGUUUUGACUUGAGUUGCACUGGUCUGCAUUUGCAACAGAUACUGUAUAUAUACAGUUGAAGUCGGAAGUUUACAUACACCUUAGCCAAA